AUGUCCCCUCGCUUCACCCUGGCAGCAGAACUUUGGGCAGCGCUGCAGGGCGCCAAUGCCUCUGCUUUGGAGAAAGAGAUUGGUCCUGAGCAGUUCCCUGUGAACGAGCAUUAUUUUGGCUUGGUCAAUUUUGGCAACACCUGCUACUGCAACUCGGUCCUGCAGGCGCUUUAUUUCUGCCGCCCGUUCCGGGAGAAGGUGUUGGCGUACAAGGUGCAGCCUCGGAAGAAGGAGAGCCUCCUGACCUGCCUCUCUGACCUCUUCAACAGCAUUGCCACCCAAAAGAAGAAGGUGGGGGUCAUCCCACCCAAGAAAUUCAUUUCCCGGCUGAGGAAAGAAAAUGAAUUAUUUGACAACUACAUGCAGCAGGAUGCACAUGAGUUCCUGAACUACCUACUCAACACUAUUGCCGACUUGCUCCAGGAGGAGAAGAAGCAGGAGAAGCAGAAUGGGAAGCUGCAGAACGGCAGCAUUGAGAGUGAGGAAGGAGACAAGGCUGACCUGACGUGGGUCCAUGAAAUCUUCCAAGGAACACUAACCAAUGAAACCAGAUGUCUUAACUGUGAGGCUGUUAGUAGCAAAGACGAGGACUUUCUGGAUCUCUCGGUUGAUGUGGAACAAAAUACAUCCAUUACACACUGCCUGAGGGGAUUUAGUAACACUGAGACUCUCUGCAGUGAAUACAAGUACUACUGUGAGCAGUGCCGCAGCAAGCAGGAGGCUCAGAAGAGGAUGAGGGUGAAGAAGCUGCCCAUGAUCCUGGCCCUGCACCUGAAGAGGUUCAAGUACAUGGACCAGCUGCACCGCUACACCAAGCUGUCCUACCGCGUGGUGUUCCCGCUCGAGCUGCGCCUCUUCAACACCUCGGGCGACGCCACCAACCCCGACAGGAUGUACGACCUGGUGGCCGUGGUGGUGCACUGUGGCAGUGGCCCGAAUCGUGGACAUUACAUCACCAUUGUGAAGAGCCAUGGCUUCUGGCUGCUCUUUGAUGAUGACAUUGUGGAGAAAAUUGAUGCCCAGGCCAUUGAAGAAUUCUAUGGGUUGACAUCAGACAUUUCCAAGAACUCAGAGAGUGGAUACAUCCUCUUCUACCAGUCCCGGGACUGAGGGAAGGACCCCGUGUCCGAGAAACAAAGGGAUCAAGAUAUGUCCAAAUGGAACAGAUUUGGGAGGGCAGGAGCAGUUCCUCGCUGUUGCUGUAGGACCAGGACAGAGCCAGCAGGAGGAGGAGGGUCUCUCCCUGCCCUUUUUGGAGGAUUAGUGCUGACUGCCAUCACCAGAAGAGCUUUGUUCCAGUUUCCUUCCUGGGCUUCUUUCACGUGCUAUCUUCCAAAA